AUGGCGCUGGGCAUUGGAGCAGCAUUCUAUUAUUAUACCAAUCCAGAGGUUGCUGAACAUAUCAGUCGAUCAGUAUUCCAGAACUUCUUCCUAUCAAAUAUGAUCACCACAUUGAUCACAACCAGCAUCCUCUUCCCAAGUUACCUAGUAUGUGGUAUCUUCCUCUCCAUCCUCUGUGUCAUCAAUGUUAGCAUGACCAUCGUACUCUACUAUGCAUGUAGUGCACCUUUUGAAUUGGUAUCUCUAAACAUUAUAGUAUGCAUUCCAACAUCAUUGUUGUUGUUAUGUUAUAGUUAUGUGAUAACGGUCGAUUUAAAGGAGACUGGAGAGAAGGAGCAGAGAGUUAGAAGUUUGUUUAAUAUUAGCUCAGAGGCAUUGAUAAUCCACAAGGAUGGUAUAUUAAUGGACGUCAAUCCAACAUUUGAAAAGAUGUUCCAAGUCACUGAAGAGUCAAUAUUAUAUCCAGUGCCUGCUGCCAUUUGGGAGUUCUUGCCAGACUUUGAUAGAAGUAUGAUUCGCCAACGAGGUCGCGCAGGAUCCCACACAUCCACCAACAACAUGAACGAGGAUGAGGUAUUCGAGACAUAUGGUACCAACACAUUGGGAGAGAACUUUGCCGUUCAAGUCAAGGCCAAGACUGUCAAGCAUCUAUCAGGUCAUGUUGGUAUCCUAUCAAUAAUUGACACGAGAGCACAAAAGAAGUUGAUGGAGGCCGAUCAGGCACUGCGCAAGGCCGAGGCAAUCAGUGAUGCCAAGAUCAACUUCCUCACCACGGUCAGCCACGAGGUGCGCACACCAAUCAAUGGUAUCCUGGCAUCAGUGGAGAUUGUAGAGAACACCCAGCUCGACUACACACAACGCGACUUCCUCAAUUGUAUCAAGGAUUCUGCCAACUACCUCCUUGACCUCAUCACAGCCAUCCUUGACUUUUCCAAGAUUGAAGCCGGUCGAAUGGAGUUACAAAAGAUUGAGUUCAACAUGAUCACCAUGCUCGAGGAGACCAUGAACAUCGUCUGUCGCACAGCUCAAGAGAGGGAACUAGAAAUGUUAUUGAUGGUCGACCCUGAGGUGCCUGUCGUGAUGAUUGGCGACCCGUAUAGAGUGAAGCAGAUAUUACUCAACUUCUUGUCGAAUGCAAUCAAGUGCACCCCUGAGGGCCAUGUUAUUGUUCGUGUAAAGUUGUCCAGAUCGGCAGCUAGCACACUCAGUUCAUCGGUCGUGGAGCAUACAGUUCGAUUCGAAGUCGAGGACUCGGGCAUUGGAAUCAAGGAGGAGCAGAUCGACAACUUGUUCACGGCAUUCCUUCAGUUGGACGGCUCGCAGAAGAAGUUCCAAGGCACGGGUCUGGGUCUGAGCAUCUCCAAACGUCUGUGCAGUCUGAUGGGCGGCGAGAUUGGUGUCCAGAGCAAAUAUGGCAAUGGAUCAACAUUCUGGUUCACUUCAGUCCUCCAGUCCAACCAUGCCAGCCUCACCCAUGGCACAUUAUGCCAGUCACUCUCACUAUACAACUCCAACAAUCGCGUGUUGGUACACACCAACAACGAACAAUUCGUAUGCUCACGCAUCAAGGGCUACGUCCUCGACAAGAACCCAAACGUGUGCAACUCUGCCAUCAACUACUUCUCAAUGAUGAAGGUUGAUAUGAUGCCACUGCACCGCGAGGAUGAGUUGCUGGCACUGGUCCAAGACAUGGUACAUGGGUCAGUCAACAGCCAGGAUGUCUACAUCAUAUUGACACCCGAGUUGCAAGCGUCCACAGUGGCAACCAUCAGACAACAGCUGGAUGCAGCAGGUGACACCUGUCCUUUGAUCUAUUGGAUAUUGAUCCAGUGA